CUGUUCUGGUUUUCUGUCCUGCAGCCGACUUUGGUUUUGCACGAUACCUCCAGAGCAACAUGAUGGCAGCCACACUCUGUGGCUCACCAAUGUACAUGGCCCCAGAGGUCAUCAUGUCCCAGAACUAUGAUGCUAAGGCCGACCUGUGGAGCAUCGGAACGGUCAUCUAUCAGUGUCUGGUUGGCAAGCCACCAUUCCAGGCUAACAGUCCACAGGAUUUGAGGAUGUUUUAUGAGAAGAAUAAGAGUCUACAACCUAUAAUCCCCAGGGAGACAUCUCCUCAACUUGGUGACCUUUUGCUUGGGUUGCUGCAGAGAAAUCAGAAAGACAGGAUGGACUUUGACAUAUUUUUCAACCAUCCUUUCUUGGAACCAUCAUCCACCAUCAAAAAAUCGUGUCCAGUACCUGUCCCCAGCAUUGCCAACGCAGUGACAGAAGGUCCCUGUGGCUCCUCCCCCUCUAUCCGCUACAGCUCUCCACCUUCUCUUCCAGAUAUGCAGACUUUGGUUGAGGAUGGUUUGUCAUCGCCUCCACUUGGUCCCCCCAACUUCCUGCAGCUGUCCAAGGAGUCUGCAGGAAGCACCAGCAGCAAGAACUCCUCCUGCGACACGGACGAUUUUGUUCUGGUACCUCACAUCUCCACUGACAGCUGUAAGUGUUCCAGCAUGUACUCCGUUUAACAAGUCUACAUAAAAAAUUAAAAAAAACUUUGACCCCUUUGCUUUCAGUAAUAUAAAGCCAAUAGGUUCAAGAGUGCUAAUUGUAGUAAGGCUACGAAGUUCUAUUCAACAGUUUAAAUAUUAUUGGCAAAGAGAAUUUCCUGCAAAUAAGUAUUGCAUUCAAGCAGACAUUUGAAAAGGCAGUAUUGAACACCUUGAUGCAGUAUCAUUCAUUUAUUUCAUAAAGGAUAUUUAGUCUCUAAAAUCCUUUAUGAAUUUAUGAAUUUUCUCUAUGAAGUCUCUAUUUUACAGUAGAUUGACAGAAAAGACGGUUGUGAGAGAGGGAGUAGACAUGCAGCAAAGGACAACUGUAGGCUUGUCACGAUAACAAAUUUUGCUGGGCAAUUAAUUGUCCCAGAAAUUAUUGCGCUAAACAAUAAUAUUGUCGUUUUGAGACCAUUGUUAACUAAUGGCAU